CCAGCCCGCCGUGAGCCCCAGAAACGCGACUCGAUAACAUCUCCCAUCUCCAUCGACACCAACUUUGGCGAGGCCGUACCAUCAUGCGAACACCGAAAAUGCCACCUACACGAACACCAAAACGCUGCGAUCGAAUAAAUCCCGUCUUCAAAGCGGCCGUCGAGCGCGCCGCGGGGAAGCUCCCACCGAUAACGGACAGUGGGACGCUCUCAUUUCGCAUCACUCAGCAUCUGCCGCACCAGAGGCCUGACGACAGACCAGAACAGACGCCCGACGACAGACCAGACCACCAGCAAAAAGUCGUAUGGAUCAAAACCCUUUCGGUAGAGACCAUCGAGACAUUCGAAUGUGCAUCGGACGGGUGGCUUGAAUGCAUGAGUGCCUGCCUACAGAACCUGAAUUGGACUAGCUCAACCGCCGCCAUCUCGAGCGUUUGCUGUCUCGGCAUCCCCACCAAGCAAUCGUUCAUCCUGGACGGCGUGUCCGUACGAUAUGCACUUUAUACGAAGAAGAAGCCGACCCGCUUCGCUUUCAUGGAGCUUCCUCAGGCCAAAGCAAGCGGUGGGUGUGAGCGUUAUGCUGCAGCGGUCGCUCUCAUGCUCAACUCUCUACCAUCUCGCGUCGUCGUUAUUGCGACGGGACAGGGUAGCGACUGGGUUGAAAUGCUCUGCCAUGAUCAGGCCGCAACCCCAGAGACGGACCAGACCAAGAGAGAGCUAGGCUCCGGACCCGUGCAAAGCGAGCUGAUCCCGAUAUACCGAUAUCACUUCGACUUUGACGACGACCUAUGGGACGCAAAGAUGCGGGGCGUCAUCCAGGUCCUCACCAAGGGGUCCGCGAGAAAGGAACACACCGUCAACUCCACCGGGGGUCGUCUUUUGGUCCACCCGCCACCAAGCAGCAUUGCAAGCCCCGAAACGUGACGCAUCCGCAGGGUCUCACGGGAACAGGAGAAGCACAAAGGACUUCAGGCCUAGGCUCGCUUAUACGUGAAGUGGGUGGACUGCCUCGAGUAGGAGCUGGCGAGUGAGCAACAUAGGAAGCAAUAUGUUUUGUUCAUGCAAUGAGCAGUCUGGGUUAGGAGAUAUUACGUCGCACUUACGGGCACCCCUCCUCUUCUCCGCAGCAGACCCUUCUCUCUGUCUCUUCGCCAACAAUAACAGCCCGCUUAUCUCUGCCGGAUCGCCUUGUUUCUUGAUGAGCCAAUAGGAUUGAGGGAUCCUCCCCUCCCCUCUUCUUCGCGGUGCGCCAACUUGGCGAGCGUGCUGGCGAGUCGGGCUUCCGGUGCUAAUGAAGCCCGUUCUCAGAGGCUGGUCAUGAACUAAUAGUCCGUUGGAUAUUGUUAGUCGAGAUACCCAGGCGCUAAGGGGUAGUCGGUAACAGUCGCAAGUCAGGCCUACAAUCACCAGAUAACACAAGUACAUCCAUCAUCAGGCGCACUGGAGAAGACGGGAAAGAGUGAUUGUGAUUCUUGAAACACAUCCCUCAUGAGCGUCCCGUGGUAACAUAUGCUACAUGGCGUCCUCGAUUCUCACCUCGCCGAGAAACGGGGGACUACCCAGCCUUGAGGAUCCCGACGCAAAGCCAAAAAGUACGAAAGACAUAUAAAAUUCAGAUAGAUAGAUAUGCAGUUCUACACAGAUUCCCAAGAAAAACAAUAGAGCGUGGUUGGGACGGAACAAAAAAAAAUCAACCCAAGAACUCCUUCAACUCCUCAGAUUCCUCUAUUAUCUGAGAGAAGGAGAAGGGCGCAAACGGCCAGCCGGCGA